UCACGCCACCACUUCCACUUGGGAUCCUGGCGAUAUGGCUGAUAAUGGAAUGGGACCGUGUUAUCGUCAGCGCCAAAUAGACAAACCCAUAGUGUAGCCAUCUUAAAAUCACUGUUCGAAUAGAACCGUAGAACAUAUUCUUCCAUAGUCUAAAUAAUAAUUAGUGAUUAAAUAGGCCUAUAGGUAUUCCAUAGCCACCUCCUUCACUUGCCACCACGUAAGCUACCGCGGUAGCUGCACAAACUUGUCGCAGUGGAUAGCAUACACUCGUUUGGAUUGCCCUAUCUACAGGACUGAGUUUCGCGUAUUAGGAUCUUUUCAGGCCGUGGGCCCCUGGCUGUGUGAGAUGGACAGGAUGAAGAUCAUCAAGCGGAGGCUGUCCAUGUCUCUCCGCAGCACCCGGCCCGUAGACGACUCCCUGUCUGAACUGGCCGAGCAGAUGACUCUGGACGAGCCCUCUGCAGCCAGAGAAAACGGUAUCGUCCAUGAGAACGUGAAGAUGGGCUCAGACGGGGAGAGUGAUCAGGCAUCUGGGACGUCUUCUGAUGAAGUCCAGAGUCCAGUCAGGGUCCGCAUGAGGAACAACCACCACAGACGCAUCUCCAAUGAGGACAUAAACAAGCGCCUGUCUCUGCCGGCUGACAUCAGGCUACCGGAAGGCUACCUGGAGAAGUUUGCCAUGAACAGUCCGCCCUUUGACAAGCCCAUGAGCCGCAGGCUACGAAGAGCCUCAUUGUCUGAAAUCGGCUUUGGCAAGUUGGAGACGUACAUCAAACUAGACAAACUAGGGGAGGGAACCUAUGCUACAGUGUUUAAGGGGCGCAGCAAGCUGACUGACAACCUGGUGGCUCUGAAAGAGAUCCGAUUGGAGCAUGAGGAGGGGGCCCCCUGCACUGCCAUCAGAGAAGUGUCUCUGCUGAAGGACCUGAAGCAUGCUAACAUCGUUACCCUACAUGACAUCAUCCACACUGACAAGUGCCUCACACUGGUGUUUGAAUACCUGGAGAAAGACCUGAAGCAGUACAUGGAUGACUGUGGCAGCAUCAUGAGUGUACACAACGUUAAGAUCUUUCUGUUCCAGUUGUUGCGAGGGCUGGCGUACUGCCACAGGAGAAAAGUCCUCCACAGAGAUCUCAAACCUCAGAACCUGCUCAUCAAUGACAAAGGAGAGCUCAAACUGGCUGACUUUGGUCUGGCCCGGGCCAAGUCUGUCCCCACUAAGACCUACUCCAAUGAGGUGGUGACACUCUGGUACCGCCCGCCCGAUGUCCUGCUGGGCUCCACAGAGUACUCUACACCCAUCGACAUGUGGGGAGUGGGUUGUAUCUUCUAUGAGAUGAUGACAGGCAGACCACUGUUCCCUGGCUCCACAGUGGAGGAUGAGCUGCACUUGAUAUUCCGUAUCCUAGGCACACCAACAGAGUUGACCUGGCCUGGGAUUACCACCAGCGAGGAGUUUAAGACCUACAAGUUCCCCCGUUAUCACGCUGAGCCCCUGGUCAACCACGCACCCAGGAUAGACAGUGAUGGACAUGACCUUCUUUCACUGCUACUACAGUUUGAGCCGAUGAAGCGCGUAUCGGCUGAGGAGGCUCUGAGACAUCCAUACUUCAGGAGCCUGGGGGAGCAGGUUCAGACACUGUCUGACACGUCCUCCAUCUUCUCAGUGAAGAACAUUCAGCUCCAGAGAGACCCAGGGAAGAGGUCUUCAACCUUCCCAGAGUCAGCAGUGGCCCAUAAGCUAGGCUCCGCCCCCUCGCAGUACUUCCAGAGAGAAGGAGCCAAUCCCAGGGCUCAGAGUCACGGCCUCUCCUCCCCCUCCACAGGCUGAGUUGCCCCUCCCAUUCUGCCCAGGGGAAGAGUAGGAGGCAAAGUGUGUUGUUUUAGUGUCGGUGGG